GCAGUCUUGUUCACAUCGUAAUUUCUUGCAAUGCGUGAAAUCGUUCAUAUCCAAGGAGGACAGUGUGGUAACCAGAUUGGUGCCAAGUUUUGGGAAGUCAUCUCCGAUGAGCAUGGUGUCGAUCCCACCGGUACUUAUCAUGGUGAUUCUGAUCUCCAGCUCGAACGCAUCAACGUGUACUACAACGAGGCCACUGGUGGCCGUUAUGUGCCAAGAGCGGUGCUCAUGGAUCUUGAGCCUGGAACUAUGGACUCUGUUCGCGCUGGACCUUAUGGACAGAUCUUCCGCCCAGACAACUUUGUCUUUGGGCAGACCGGAGCCGGAAACAACUGGGCCAAGGGACACUACACUGAGGGAGCAGAGCUCAUUGACUCCGUUCUUGACGUUGUGAGGAAGGAGGCAGAGUCCUGCGAUUGCCUCCAGGGAUUCCAAAUCUCCCAUUCGCUCGGUGGAGGAACUGGAGCUGGUAUGGGAACUCUUUUGAUCUCCAAGAUUCGUGAGGAGUACCCGGAUCGUAUCAUGCUUACUUUCUCCGUCGUUCCUUCCCCCAAGGUUUCGGAUACUGUUGUUGAGCCGUACAACGCCACCUUGUCAGUCCAUCAGCUUGUUGAGAAUGCGGAUGAGUGCUUCUGUAUUGACAACGAGGCUUUGUACGAUAUCUGCUUCCGUACUCUCAAGUUGACCACACCCACCUUUGGAGACUUGAACCAUUUGGUGUCAGCAGUUAUGUCUGGAGUCACCUGCUCUCUCCGUUUCCCUGGUCAGCUCAACUCGGAUCUCCGCAAGCUGGCUGUUAACAUUGUUCCCUUCCCUCGUCUUCACUUCUUCAUGGUUGGAUUCGCUCCACUUACUAGCCGCGGCUCUCAGCAGUAUCGUGCGUUGACGGUUCCCGAGCUCACUCAGCAAAUGUUUGAUGCCAAGAACAUGAUGUGCGCUGCCGAUCCUCGCCAUGGACGCUACCUCACUUGCGCUGCCAUGUUCCGUGGACGUAUGUCGACCAAGGAGGUUGAUGAGCAGAUGCUCAACGUGCAGAAUAAGAACUCCUCCUACUUCGUCGAGUGGAUCCCCAACAAUGUCAAGGCCUCUGUUUGCGAUAUCCCCCCCAAGGGUUUGAAGAUGGCUGUCAACUUCAUUGGCAACUCUACUGCCAUCCAGGAGAUGUUCAAGCGUGUUUCCGAACAAUUCACUGGAAUGUUCCGUCGCAAGGCAUUCUUGCAUUGGUACACUGGUGAGGGUAUGGAUGAGAUGGAGUUCACUGAGGCCGAGUCCAACAUGAACGAUCUUGUCUCGGAGUACCAGCAGUACCAGGAUGCCACUGCUGAGGAAGAGGGAGAGUUCGAAGAGGAGGAGGAGGGCGAGGGAUUCUAAACUAACCUGAAAUAAUCCUACACCGUACUCACUUGUUUAUGAUUUAAGACCAAAUAAAUUAAUUUCA